UAAAUGCUCCGGAGCCGUGUGAAGAGAAGAUAACCUCGUACUCCGUAUGAAAGUAGCAAAACAAGAAAAUACUAGCCGAGAAUAGGUUCGCUUAGUUUUUUUUGGAAAUCGCUACGCUACCACUGCAACAUGCGAAAAGUUUUGGUGUUCGCGUGUGUAUUAUGUGUAGACAUAAUAAUAGUUUAUACUCUGGACCUCGGAGGAACCUUGCUGAAGUCUCGUACAGGAAACCUCGACUAUAAUCUGUUUCUCCAGUGGGCUGAAUCUGCAUUGAGAUGCGCGCUGCUGUCCGCAGGAUCAGUUUUAUAUAAAGAUGCGUCUGAUCCACUGAUACGGAGAUGGAUUACGGUCCACUGUUUUAUUGGUUCGGUAUACGAAACCGGGCGCUUAGCGCUGUUUGACAACUCUCGCCUUGACAAGUUUAAUUCGUGGCUUGUCGGUACCGUGGCUGCUACUUUAGCUUGUCUGUUUUGGGAGAUAACGCUGCCUGACACGAAUGGAGAGAGUAACGGUAAAGAGCGCAAACAGAAGGCUCGAGUCCUCUUCAUCCGGGUCAUCCGUUUGUCCAAACCAGACUACUUAUUAUUGUGUGGAGCUUUUGUCUUUCUGUCCUUGGCUGUGCUAUGUGAGAUGUUCAUCCCACUGUACACUGGAAAGGUGAUUGACAUCUUGGGUUCACAUUAUCAGUGGGAUAACUUCAGAUCAGCUAUCAUUCUCAUGGGAUUAUUCUCUCUGGGAAGUUCUUUCAGUGCUGGAUGUCGUGGAGGUCUGUUCAUGUGUGCAAUCAAUAGCGUCACCUGCAGAGUCAAGGUGCAACUGUUUGGGUCCCUUGUCAGGCAGGACAUUGGCUUCUUUGAGACCACCAAGACAGGUGAUAUCACAUCUAGGCUGUCCACAGACACUACUCUAAUGGGUCGGGCUGUAGCCCUGAAUGUCAAUGUCCUUCUGCGAACCAUGAUUAAGACCCUGGGCAUGUUGUAUCUGAUGCUGAGCCUCUCGUGGAAGCUUACACUUCUGAUGCUGAUGGAGACGCCGCUAACAGGCUUACUGCAAAACAUACAUGACACACAUUAUCAGAGGCUCUCAAAAGAAGUCCAGGACUCCAUUGCACAAGCCAAUGACGCGGCUGGAGAGGCAGUGUCAGGAAUCAGGACAGUAAAGAGUUUCAGGACAGAACUUGGCGAAACCCAUCGAUAUAAUGUCCGCUUGAUGGAAACCCAUAAUCUGAAGACUCGACGGGACACAGUCAGGGCGAUUUACCUGUUGGUUAGGCGGAUGACAGAAGUGGGAAUGAAGGUGGCCAUGCUUUACUAUGGGAGACUCUUUAUCCAGUAUGGACAGAUGACCACAGGGAAUCUCGUCUCUUUCAUUCUCUAUCAGCAAGACCUCGGAGACAACAUAAGGACUUUGAUCUAUAUCUUCGGAGACAUACUGAACUCAGUAGGUGCAGCUGGAAAGGUGUUCGAGUACAUGGACCGAGAGCCUGAAGUCAGUAUUGAUGGAGACCUGCAGCCCAGUGAUCUGAAAGGACACAUCAGCUUUCAGAACCUCACUUUCUCGUAUCCCAGAAGACCCGACCACAAUGUAUUAAAGAACUUCUCUGUGGAGUUGAAGCCGGGUCAGAUGACGGCUCUGGUGGGAAUGUCAGGAGGAGGGAAGAGCACCUGUGUGAGUCUCCUGGAGAGAUUUUACCAGCAUCAGCAGGGACAGAUUCUGUUAGACGGACAACCACUGCAGAACUACCAACACAAAUACUUGCACAGCAAGAUAGCGAUGGUGGGUCAGGAGCCUGUACUUUUCUCCGGCACUGUACGAGACAACAUCGCCUAUGGUCUGCCCGGCUGCUCAAUGGAGAGAGUAAAGGAGGCUGCCAGCAAAGCCAAUGCCCAUGCCUUCAUCUCAAACAUGGAAAAUGGCUACGAAACAGAUGUGGGAGAGCGUGGUAAUCUGCUCUCGGGAGGUGAGAAGCAGCGCAUCGCUAUCGCCAGAGCACUGAUCAGACAACCUCAGGUGCUCAUUCUGGAUGAAGUCACCAGCUCUUUAGACACUGAAAGUGAACAAAUGGUUCAACAGGCCCUGGCCUGCUGCCCCACUCAGACCUUGCUUGUGAUCGCUCAUAGGCUGAAGACCAUCGAGAGGGCGGAUCAGAUCGUGGUGAUUGACAGCGGUGAGGUGGUGGAGCUGGGGACACAUCAGGAACUGAUGGACAAGAAAGGAAAUUACUAUAAACUGAGAGAGAGGCUCUUUACUGAUGAUAACACAGCAAACCAAGACAAUGAGAAAUCUGACACUAUAAAAGCUCAAUAGUCUGUGUUAAAAUAUUGUGCAUGUUCAUAAUACAAAUAUGCCAUUACAAACCUUUGUAAAUAGGAACAUACAGUAUAAGUUAGGACGUUAUCCUUUAACCAUUAUAACAUUUCUAAAAGAUCUGUGAUCUGUGAAAUGUGGACUUGUACAUAGAAUAAAUUCAGAGGCGAUCAUCAGUCAAAAUGUUUUAUCAAUAAACAAUUUGAAUAAAUGUAACAUUUUGGAUUUGUUUGUGUUGUUAAUAAAUGUGAAUAAAUACUGGGUUCUUGGUUUUUGUA